AUGGUGGGAGUCCCUGGAAGAUCCAAGGGCUGUGUCACUUGUCGACGGCGAAAGAAGGGUUGUGAUAAGAACGAGCCGUCAUGCCACCAAUGCAUACGGUCCGGCCUAAAGUGCGAGGGCUAUGGACGGGAACUCGUCUGGGUCAACAACACGCCAAAUGGAGAAAACGGCAAGGCCCAGCACAGCAACGACUCGAGAGUAGCUCUUCAUGACUCGCUCGCUCGCUCGGCUAGAGAAGAGCUCUUCUUCGGCUUGCUCAUCUCCACUGCUCUUCCAUACGGACACUUGCUGUCGCCCAAGGCCUCGGCCAUCUCGACCAACGGGUGGGUGGCGGCGGUCGACGAGUAUUACAACAGAGAGCCGGCGAUUCGAUAUGCAGCGCUGGCAAUGAGCGCAGGAUUCAUGGGCGUGGAGGACAAGAAGAAACAGCUCGCCCAGCACAGCCAACUAACGCUGCAAGGCCUCCAGGCAUACAACAGGGCCAUUCAUGAAAUGGUCAAGGGGCUGAACGACGAAAGGAGGUCAAAGAAUGAUGGCGUCCUCGUGGCGGCCAGGAUAUUGCAAUCCUACGAGCUGUUUUUCGGAAGAGCACCCGACUGGCGCGCCCACAUCGAAGGUCAGCUGGCUCUCUUCUUGGCCAGAGGACCGGCGUCGUUUACGUCUGGACAAGCGCAUCAGCUGUAUGUUGAUGGACGGGUUCUCGUGGUCAUGUUAUCAAUCGGCAGGCGAACGAAAUCACCGCUUAACACACCCGAGUGGCGCACCGUACCAUGGCGUGAGGUACCCAAGUCGAUCAAGGACAAGCUGAUGGAUGUCAUGGAAGAUAUUCCAUACAUGCUGGUCAGCUACGACAACCUCUGCGCCUGCCAGGACCCGGAUCGCAUGAACGAGCUCUAUCAGAUUGUCAUGCUCAACUGCCAGCACAUCUCCAACAGUCUGGACGCGUGGGAAAGGGAAAUCGGCGCGGAUCUCGACCACUUUGACUAUACCGUUGCGGGCACUCCUGUGCCUACACCCCAGGACGACACGGAGAUUUCGCUCGUGUAUCUUUCCUGCGUGUACUGGGGCGCUCGGUUGAUCCUGUACAGCACUCUAGGCAUGACCAUGAAGUAUGCGGCCGAAGCCAUGAGCCCCGGCAGCGACAGCGUCCCUGAAGUCCCUCAAAUAAGGAUGCUCAACCCGGGCAUCUUUGCGCGCAAAAUCGCCCACGCCGUGCCUCUCCUAUACGGACCUGCUGCUGGUGCUAUGCAAGGCGCUUCGGGCCUGUUCCCGAUGGCACUCGCGCUGCGGUACUUUGCCACCACGGAGCCGCCUGGGCAGAGGAGCGUGGAGUCGCAGAUGGUGUACGACCUGUAUGCGAAGCCAUUCGUGGGGAGCUUCGUCGGGCGGUUCCUUAAUGAUUUGCAGGGCCCGCAGCUUUCGGAGGAGCAGAAGCGAGAUGUGGAGGCCAAGGCGCAGAAGAACAUCUUUUGGUAUGCUGUUUUGGGGAGUGAGAAUAUUGUGCGGACGUAG